UUGAAGACUUAGCAAGCUAGCAAGGGCUGUGCUCAGAGUUGGUCUGACACCUGCUACAGGCAGAGAGCCCAGUGCUGGAGGCAAGGACCAGGCCAGAGCUAGAUUGUGUCAGGGGCAGAAGCCAGGUCUAGCUGAGGUAACAAUGGCGUCCUCCGUCAUCCUCCACACUGGACAGAAGAUGCCUCUCCUGGGGCUAGGGACCUGGAAGAGUGAGCCUGGGCAGGUGAAGGCGGCUGUCAAGUACGCUCUGAGCGUUGGCUACCGCCACAUCGACUGCGCGGCCAUCUAUGGAAACGAGGGAGAGAUCGGCGAGGCCUUGAAGGAGAAUGUCGGGCCCGGCAAGGCUGUGCCCCGGGAAGAAGUGUUUGUGACCUCCAAGCUCUGGAACACCAAGCACCAUCCGGAGGAUGUGGAGCCUGCCCUCAGGAAGACCCUGGCAGACCUCCAGCUGGACUACCUGGAUCUCUACCUGAUGCACUGGCCCUAUGGCUUUGAGCGGGGGGACAACGUGUUCCCCAAGAAUGAUGACGGCACUAUCCGCUAUGAUACCAUCCACUACAAGGAGACUUGGAAGGCAAUGGAGGCGCUGGUGUCCAAGGGGCUGGUGCGGGCCCUGGGACUCUCCAACUUCAACAGCCGCCAGAUCGACGACAUUCUCGGCAUAGCCACAGUGAGGCCUGCUGUGCUCCAGGUGGAGAGUCACCCUUACCUGGCCCAGAAUGAGCUGAUUGCUCACUGCCACCAGCGGGGGCUGGAGGUAACGGCCUACAGUCCUCUGGGCUCCCCAGAUCGAAGCUGGAGAGACCCCCUAGAGCCGGUCGUGCUGGAGGAGCCUGUGGUCCUUGAGCUGGCCAAGAAGUACGGGAAGUCACCAGCCCAGGUCCUGCUCAGGUGGCAAAUCCAGCGGAAGGUGAUCUGCAUUCCCAAGAGCAUCACUCCUUCCCGUAUCCUGCAGAACAUACAGGUGUUCGACUUCACCCUGACCCCUGAGGAGAUGAAGCAGCUGGGGUCUCUGAACAAGAAUUGGCGGUAUAUCGUGCCCAUGAUAACGGUGGGUGAGAAACGGGUCCCAAGAGAUGCAGGACAUCCUCUCUACCCCUUCAACGAGCCCUUUUAAGGCCUGGCCUUAAAAAGAUUUUUUCUAGCCUGGGCAAGAGCCGGUAUCAAUAUACACAUUGUAGCCUUCACAA